UGCUAUUGACCUACAACUUAAAAAAUGGAAACGGGUGAAACCGGAUUAGGUUUGGGGCCCCGGGCCACAAGAGGAAAAACCCUAAUUAAAUCAUAGUCACUACUCUUUCAUUCAUUGACAGUAGAGCCGUCGAGUUUAAUCCUUGUAAGAGAAAGAGAGAGAGUGUAAAGAUGAGCCGAGCAGUAGCAGCUAAGGGAGGGAAGAAGAAGGGAGCUACCUUUGUGAUUGACUGUACGAAGCCAGUGGAUGAUGGGAUUAUGGAGAUUGCUUCUCUUGAUAAGUUCCUUCAGGAGAGAAUUAAGGUUGGUGGAAAAGCUGGUGCUCUUGGGGAUUCCGUUACCGUCACUCGUGACAAGCAUAAGAUUACUGUCACUUGCGAUUCCGCUUUUUCCAAGAGGUACCUCAAGUACCUUGUCAAAAAGUACUUGAAGAAAAAUAGCGUCAGGGAUUGGCUUAGGGUGAUUGCUUCCAACAAGGACAGGAAUGUUUAUGAAUUACGAUACUUCAACAUUGCUGAGAAUGAGGCAGAGGAAGAAGAUUAAAUAUGGCCAUUUGAUGUUGCUUUGUCUUUCUUUAGGCGGCCUUCUUAUUUAGAACCAUCUAUAUCAUCUGUUCGACUCAUCUGUUUGAGUUACCGAUGAGUCUUAUCUACACAUUUCCAGAUUUCUUAUCAGUAAAAGAAAA